CAGGACGCGCGAAGCGAGUUUGCCUGGCGGAAGCUCACCAACGCAGCAACGUCGAGCUUCAUCCAUCAUCUCGAUUUGCAACAAACAGCUUCCCCCACGGCUGACCACGCAGUGUUAAACUUGGACUAAAUUAUACUCCCUUAGAAUCCAGCAAGAUGUCCAGAAGAUAUGAUUCCCGGACCACGAUCUUCUCGCCAGAAGGCCGACUUUACCAGGUCGAAUACGCUCUAGAAGCCAUUUCGCAUGCUGGAACAGCCCUUGGAAUACUAGCACAGGAUGGAAUCGUUCUGGCCGCAGAGAGGAAGGUGACAAGCAAGCUACUUGAACAGGACACGUCUGCGGAGAAGCUCUAUAUACUGAACGAUAACAUGAUAUGCGCAGUGGCUGGAAUGACAGCAGACGCCAACAUCCUCAUCAACUAUGCCCGCCAAGCCGCCCAACGUUACCUCCUCACAUAUAACGAAGAGAUCCCUUGUGAACAACUGGUUCGUCGUCUCUGCGAUCUGAAACAAGGCUAUACGCAGCACGGUGGUCUACGGCCGUUUGGCGUUUCGUUCGUAUACGCUGGAUAUGAUCCCCUCCGGCAGUUCCAGCUGUACCAGAGUAACCCCAGUGGAAACUACGGUGGGUGGAAGGCGACGAGUGUGGGUGCAAAUAACGCCAGCGCUCAGAGUCUAUUGAAGCAGGACUAUAGGGAAGAUUGCGAUUUGAAGGAAGCUUGUGGUAUGGCUGUAAAGGUGUUGAGCAAGACGAUGGACUCGACGAAGCUGAGCAGCGAGAAGAUUGAAUUUGCGACUGUAGGGAAGACCAAAGAAGGACAGAUAUAUCACCACCUCUGGGGUGCUGACGAGAUCGAUGCCUUACUGCGGGAGCACGGUUUGGCUAAGGAGGCUGAUCAAGAAACUGGGUAGAGAGCUAGUGGGGGUUUAUUGGUACUCAGAGUAGCUGAAAUCAGGUCCUUAACAACGUGUACGAAAGCUCUGAUCUCAACAUUUAUGUCCUAGUUUAGGGGUGCACUUUAUUUCAACUAGUGGUUUUGAUCAAGUCUAUUUCAUCUAUUUCCAUUCUCGUCCUCUAGUUUGCUUUAUCCAAUACUGGGCGUGAUAGUGUUAUGUAACCUGGUUCUUGUCCCCUUUUGAUGAAUUGGUAGAUGUACUCUAUUCUACUCAUAAUAUGGCGGGCCCAACACUCGGGGCCUCGGAUUAGACGGAAUAGAUUCCCUGUGACCUGUGAUCUCAGUCAUAUUCUCCCGUUAUCCUAGUUGAAACGCCCAAUGAGUUAUCAGCAGUCCG